AUGUCUGCAACUGCUGACGUACUCCAGUCGAUGCCGACCCCCGUCGAGGGCGAUUCUGUAACCGACGCCUGCAAGCUGGAAUCGACUAAAACAAAACCCCCGCAUCUGGGUCACCCCCUGAUGGACAACUCAAAGGCAGCUAGCCAAGCCAAGAUGUUUUGGCUCGCCUCAAGUUGUGCUCUUAUUCGCCCCGAGAAGUUCGCUCGCAGCUAUGCGAAUAUGACACGAUAUGCAAGUGCUAGCAGAGCCGACCGACAAGUCCGGGUGCAUCGAAUUGGGCCCGCCGUAGCCGCUAUACGUGAUAGUUGGUUUAGAGCUUUCCUCGCCGGGGGGGGGGGGGAGAACACCUCGAACUCUCGAAUCUCGACGACUCAACGGCUCGCCGUUGAUGCAUGUCUGCGCCCCAAUCUUCUCUUUGUCGUCCUUUGGAAGUCUGAUUGGACCGUGUCAGCCUGCAACACGAAUCCUUAG